AUUGAUUGAACGGAUCUCCACGGGGAGCACUGCAAAUCUAGACAACACCAACCAACAACGAUUACAUUUUCAGUGCAGGCUCUCUCUCUCUCUCUCUCUGUGUGAUCGCCCUUUCUCUCGCUCAACUUUUCCUUAGAUUCUUUCCUUCUAUCGUUUGCCCCGUCUUAAACCCUAAUACUCUCCAACCAAUCCACGCUAAAUGGAUACCUGAUUGAUCCGCUUGGCUUCGAGACUCUGCAGCGGUCAAUGCAAUGGUGGUCUGCAAAUGCCGAAAGGCUACUAAAUUCUAUUGUUUCGUGCACAAAGUCCCUGUUUGUGGAGAAUGCAUCUGUUUUCCGGAGCACCAAAUUUGCGUGGUCCGGACGUACUCAGAAUGGGUAAUAGAUGGAGAAUAUAAUUGGCCUCCUAAAUGCUCCCAGUGUCAAGCUGAGCUUGAAGAGGGGACUGGUUCUCAAACUACUCGAUUGGGUUGCUUGCAUGUUCUACACACAAAUUGCUUGGUUUCACAUGUAAAGAGUUUUCCUUCACAUACGGCACCGGCUGGAUAUGUGUGUCCUGCAUGUUCCACUUCAAUAUGGCCUCCCAAGAGUGUGAAAGAUUCAGGAUCUCGUCUUCAUUCAUUGCUGAAGGAAGCUAUUAUGCAGACUGGUCUGGAGAAGAAUUUGUUUGGAAAUCAUCCAGUUUCAUUGGCAGCGACAGAAUCCCGUGGUCCUCCUCCUGCAUUUUCCUCAGAUCCUCUAAGUGCAGUAUCUUCUACUGGAGGCAGGGAGAACAAUGCAAGUUCAUUGCCCUUGUUAGCACAAGAUGGAAUAAGUGUUGCUGAAGGAUACUUGGCUGCAACUGGAGCAGGAUCUUCCAAACUUCCAGUGAAAGAUGUUUUGGAGAUAAAUGUUCCUGGUACAGCUGGGGAUUUUGUCAAGAACUCAAGCCCUCCCGGUGCUACAACACGAAAGGGUGCCUUACUUGUUGAUCGACAAAACUCUGAAAUUUCAUAUUAUGCAGAUGAUGAAGAUGCCAAUCAAAAGAAGUACACUAGAAGGGGUCCAUUUCGACACAAGUUUCUUAGAGCUUUGCUUCCUUUCUGGUCAAGUACAUUGCCGACUUUACCAGUGACGGCACCCACACGAAAAGAUACAUCGAAUGCCAAUGAUAUCUCUGAAGGUCGUGUGCGGCAUCAAAGAUCAUCAAGGAUGGAUCCAAGAAAAGUCCUUCUCAUUAUUGCAAUCAUGGCAUGCAUGGCAACAAUGGGUAUUUUGUAUUACAGACUAGUGCAACGGGGUCUUGAUACGGAGCUGCCUGACGAUGAGCAGCAGUGAAUACCAGUAAGGUUGUGUUGCAUUUGAGGUGAAUCUGCUUGUAGGGAGAUCAGCUGGUUACUGGUGACUUCUGUUCCUUUGAGUUUCUGUUCUGGUCCUCUCUCGGAACACGUGGCAAAACAUUCAAGUGGAGUGUAGGCAAUAUUGUUUGGGUGAUGAUGAUUAUAAGUUCCAUUUCUUUGCUGUCUUUUUCUCCUUUUUUUCACCUUCGCCCCCUUUUUCUAGGCCUGUUUUGGAAUUCAGUUGGAAGUUAAAAAGGAAAUAUUUUCUUCAAACUGUUGUUUUGUAAUUGUCUAUUUGGUUAAUAAACAUGUAAUACGAAGAUUGAACCGGUU